GCUUGCCGCCCUCAUGGAACGUGUCGAUCGUAAAGAAAAAAAAAGAUGAUGAAGAAGAUGAAAAAACUAGGAAGGAAAUUGAAAAUAUCAAAAAUGACAUGGAGGUAAUAAAGUUUGAUGUUCAAACGUUGAAGAACUGGAGAGCAACAGUCGAAAAGCAGAAGUAUAAGGCGCGGGAUCGAGCGCAAGAAGAUAAGGGUUGUGGUGGAGAAAAGCAUGAAGAAUUGGGCUGGAUGCCCAAAUGCUCAAGAACUGGAAUGACUUUUGAUGAACAGAAAGAAGCCAGGGGAAGGAGAUUAUACUGGCCUUAA